AUGGAGACGGUGAAACCAGAGAGCUGGCAGAGGUUACCUAAGCCCCACGGAGGAGCUGGCCAGGAUUCAGCUGCUCACCUGCGUAGGGCCCCAGGGUGGAGGAGAUCUGGUGACUGGGAGGGUCUCCACACGCAGGUGAAUGGGUACCCUCGUGCAGCUCGUCCACAGAGCUGUAUUGAGGGUGGACGUACGGAAGGCUGGAUACAACACCUGGAGAGGACGCAGAACCACCUCGUCAACCAGUCCAUGCCGGCCUUCUCUGACAGGACUGUAUCCAUGCCUGCCCUGGAGACAGCUGGACAUUCAUCACAUAACCCAGGCUUUCCUUACCUUCACAGCAGGAACUGGACUAACUGGACACCCAGCCAAAGCCCCAGUGUGUGUGAGAGCCUCCAGGAAGGCAUAGAAUUAUUCACACCCCAGGAGCAGCCCGGAAACAGGGAGAUGGCUCGCAUAAGGCCAGGCCCCAGGUCAGAGAAAGCCCACCUCUGCUCACUGGCUCCUGUCCGAAUUGGCUGGCUCCCAAUUCAGAGGAGAGUGAUAAUGAGUGACGGCUCUGACCCCGGCAAGUCCCGCCCCCAAGAAAAUACCUGCCAGACUUCAUGCAAGAAGAGCCAUGCCUCAGUGGAGGGUGACUUCAGUCCUGUGUCAUCUCUAAAGAAAGACUGGAACCAGCCGUUGCUACCUUCAGCUCACAGUGGGAUUGUACCCAACAGCUCCUCAAACAAAACCUCAGAGCACAAAGGAACCACUGUUCCUGAACAGUCUCUCAAUCCGGCACCAUCUAGUGGUGACAGCCCUGUCGCGCCCAAAGUAAAGACCUCGAUCACCUCCAUAACUAUCAGCUCUCGGAAAGUCACCCGGUCUGCCAGCCUCCCGAACACCAGACCUCCGUCUCAACUUGGGAACGGAGACCCCGACGCUAGCACUAUGCCCAUGAGUAAUCCUGUGGACCACCCUUCCUCUGGUUCUCAUGUCACUGCAAGAAGGAAAGCAGUCGUGGUAAAGGUCACGGAGCAGAGAGUGACCACCAACACUAAGACCCAGCCUGCUGAAGCCACCGAGUCUUUCCUGACUGCUGCUGGCUACGGCAGCCAAACCAAAGAGACAAAAUGGGAGCCGGUGAUUCUUCGGAGAAAGCCCGCUAUUGUCAAGAUGACACAGCAUGAGGAGAGAUUUAAGAGGGGCACUGAUGGGACCAAGAGGAGGCCAGAGUUUAGACACAGCUACACAGAGGGUCUGUGGUCCUCAGCAAACUCGUUACCAUAUGAAAGCGCUCCUCUGGGUACAGCCCAGAAGCCACCUGAGGAGGAACUUAACUUUACCUUCUGCCAGAAAAGGACCCCUGUUAAUUUGGCUGAACAGGGGGUGUCCCAGGAGAACAAACCCAAACUUCACAGGUCCACCCUGUCCCUUUAUUUUGGCAGCCCCUCCACCAAGGAGGGGGCGCUAGAUAGUUCAAACACUGAUGAGUGGGACAUGCCACGGAGACCAGUUAGCUGCUAUGCUGGUGUGUUCAGACAUACUGAACCAAGCUUUGAUGAUGAUCCUACUCUCCACUACAGGAGUCUUGAGCUUCAGCAGAAGACAAAUAUUGACCCUGUAAGCUCUGCUGCCCACAGUUCAAACAGGCUCUUCUCUUCCGCAGCCAGUACAGGCUCCUUCAACGGGGCCUCCCCAAGGGUGGAGGGACUAAGAAAGGGAAGAGUGCUGACAGAAGUGGGGUUGGAUCUGCCAAAGGCUCCUGGGAGUCAGGCCCCUACUUUCUUCAGGUUUCCAGUGGAGGACAGCAGUGAUGCACCGCGGGAAAACGACCUGGACCCAGUCCACCAGAAAGCUGUUGACGCAGUGGAGGAGAAGCCAUCAAGUCAUUACCAUUCAGAGUUUGUCCUGCUAGAGUCUAAGAGAACCUCACAGAAACCACACACACUCAGAGAAGCUCUUGAGCUACGUCGGCCAGAAUUCAUCAGUCGCUCCCGGGGCGAGGGUUCGUGCCGUGGAACGGAGGGCCCAGCAGCGGCGUGCCCAGCAGAAUGCUCCGUCAGCAUCGCUGUGUGCCCAGGUCCAGCAGCACGGGCACAUCACCCGGCCCAGUCCUCUCAGCGGAGUUACAACAACUUGCCAGAGGUGAGGAGGAAGAAAGAGGAAGAAAAGAGAAAACUGGUGUCUCAGACCAACAGAUUAAGAGCAGAGCUUUUUAAAAAGUUUGUGACUGGUGAAACAGAUCCAGACACACAGGAUGGCAAACUGGAACACCAUGAGACCACAGAGCCUCUACUGCUAAUUGGAGGACAGCAGAGGCCAAUUAGUUUCCUCCAAUCAAUGGGUCACCCUACAUCACUGAGUGUCCUGGUCACAGCAGAGGGAGAGCAGCUGCUGCUUGUGUUGGAGAAAAAUGAGGGGCUUUUUGCCAGUCACUACACAGAGACGCAUUAUCUUGAAGAUGGGAGUGCUGUUAUGACAUCACCCAAUGUAACGGUUAAUUGCUACUACCAUGGAGAGGUGGAAGGCCGAGCACAUACAGAUGUCAGCCUCAGCGCCUGUGCGGGGCUCAGAGGCUUGAUCAUACUAGAAGACAAAACCUUGGUGCUGGAACCAACAGAAGACCCCAGUCACAAUACUCACCACAUUUACAGGGGAGAAAAACUUAACUUAACCCAAGGGACAUGUGGUCAUGGAUUCAACAUCUCACACAUGGGAGGAGAUCUGUCAGGACAUGUGGGAAACCUUCACAGGACAUUUAGCAGCAGGCACAGAAGACAUGCCCAGACCAACACCAAGUACGUGGAGCUGAUCAUUGUUGCUGACAACCGUGAGUAUCAAAAACAAGGCAAAGAUGUGGAGAAGGUGAAACAAAGACUGGCUGAGAUUGCCAACUACGUAGACAAGUUUUACAGAGCCCUGAACAUCCGUGUGGCCCUGGUGGGCCUGGAGGUAUGGAGUGACUCCGAUAAAUGCUCCAUCAGCCAGGAUCCAUUCACAACCUUACACGAGUUCCUGGACUGGAGAAAGCUCAAGCUGCUUCCACAAAGACCCCAUGAUAACGCUCAGUUAGUCAGUGGAGUGUAUUUCCAAGGCACCACCAUUGGCAUGGCUCCCAUCAUGAGCAUGUGCACUGUGGAGCAGUCUGGGGGUAUUGUCAUGGACCACUCCGAUAACCCACUGGGAGCAGCUGUUACCCUUGCCCAUGAGCUGGGACACAAUUUCGGGAUGAACCAUGACACGCCAGAGAGGGGUUGCGGCUGCAGGGUGACCGUGGACCGGGGAGGUUGCAUAAUGACCCCCUCCACAGGGUAUCCAUUCCCAACAGUGUUCAGCAGCUGUAGUAAGAAGGACCUUGUAGCCAGCCUGGAAAAGGGAGUUGGGAUGUGUCUGUUUAACAUGCCUGAAGUGAAGGUCCUGUAUGGAGGACAGAAGUGUGGAAACGGAUAUGUGGAGGAAGGAGAGGAAUGCGAUUGUGGUGAUCUGGAGGAGUGUGUGAACCCCUGCUGUAAUGCCACCACGUGCACACUGAAAGAGGGCGCAGUGUGUGCUCACGGGCAGUGCUGUGAAGAUUGUCAGCUGAAGCCAGCUGGCACACCUUGUCGUGACUCAAGUAACUCUUGCGACCUGCCUGAGUUUUGCACUGGUAGCAGCCCUCACUGUCCUGCCAACGUCUACCUCCAUGACGGGCAUGCUUGCCACAAUGUGGAUGGCCACUGCUACAACGGCAUCUGCCAAACACACGAACAGCAGUGCAUCACACUCUGGGGCCAAGGUGCUAAGCCAGCCCCCAGCAUCUGCUUUGAGAGAGUCAACUCUGCAGGAGACCCGUACGGAAACUGUGGAAAAGACUCCAAAGGAUCCUUCGCUAAAUGUGAAGCACGAGAUGCUAAAUGUGGCAAGAUCCAGUGUCAGGGCGGGGCUAAUCGUCCUGUUAUUGGCACUAACGCCGUCUCCAUAGAAACCAACAUCCCGCUGCAGGAGGGUGGGCGUAUCCUGUGCCGUGGGACUCACGUUUACCUCGGGGAUGACAUGCCAGAUCCCGGCCUCGUACUCGCUGGGACCAAGUGUGGAGAUGGAAUGAUGUGUCUGAAUCGACAGUGUCAAAACGUCAGUGUCUUCGGGGUUCAUGAGUGUUCAGCAAAAUGCAGUGGUCGUGGGGUCUGUAACAACAAUAAGAACUGUCACUGUGAGGCCCACUGGGCCCCACCCUUCUGUGACAAGGCUGGGUUUGGAGGCAGUGUGGACAGUGGGCCAAUGAGGCUAGCAGACAAUGGCAGUGUAUUGGUGGGGAUCUUGGUAGCCUUCCUGUGUCUAAUAUGCGUUGGCAUCAUCAUCUGCCUAAAGAGGAAGACUCUGAUUGGUCUUCUCUUCAAUAACAAGAAAAACAGCAUUGAGAAGCUGAGGUCUAUGGAGCCAAAUCGGCCAAAGAGCCCAAAACGCCCUCACCCAGUGUGCAGAGGUUCCCCAUCACGCCAGACCCCAGCAAAACCACAGAGCUCCAGCAUAUACAAGCCACAGCCUCCUCACCUGGCACCUGAGUCAGUGCUGCCCUCAUAUAGCCUGCGGAGGUUGCCCCAGUGCCCAUCCGGGCAUCUUGCCAUGUCCUUGGCCCUGUCUCCACCAGCCCCACCCCCUCACAGGGUGCCCCCAGCCCCCCACCCACACUCCCCACACAGAGGGGCUUCAUUCCGCGGACUAACCUGCCAGAACCCAGCCAGAAUGGUCAUGGAGCUGGAGAAGCCCAGUCCCCCCCAAAAGCCUUUGCCCGCUGACCCACUGGGCAAGAGCGCUCGUCUAAUGCGAAGCCCCACGGCAGUGCGUCUCCCUGUACCCAUCCCCAUGCCAGGGCACCCACGACCAGUGCCAUCUGUCCCCCUGCCCGCCAGGCCACUUCCCAAGCAGCCUCCCACACUGCCAAAGCCUCAGAUGCUAUCAGGAGUGAGGUACAGCAGCUGA